UAUGACUUGUGCAUACUUUCAAAUCACGUGCAUUAUUUGAGAACACGGUCAUGUGACCGAGGUGCUAGCACCAAACUUUAAUGUUAUAUCCGUUAUGUCACCCAUUUUCCUACAUAAAGUCAGUGAUGUUGACGCUUACACUUUUACUGGGUAUGCAUACAUGUAUCAUACAUUCCUAAUAUCUGUAAUAUAGGCCUUCCGAUGUCAAAUGAUGUCAACUCGCACUUUAUCUUUAAAAAUGUCAGGUCGUCAUGUUGCCCCAUUCAGGCCGUAUAGUACUGUGUGUAGGUUGGGGAGGAAAGCGGCUUAUCCUGAGCACACUAGUCACCGACAAGUCUUCUUUAGUCGACGGCUUCCUUAUGAGAGCAUUCCUUUUUCACAUUCACAUACUCUACGUGUUAGAGCUGCCUUCAGUGCUUUUGUACACGAGCGGAAAACCCGGAAGUCACUUAGUGCUGACUACUGGGAGUUCUCUACAGAUCAAAAGUGUCUUCAUUUAGGAAACGCCACCACUUCAAAUUGUACGUUUUUCAUGGCGUUUUGUAAGCCUUUGCAAAGAGGAGGAACCAAUUGUACCAACGCAGGCAUCUGCCAGAUGGAUGAUGACAACCCAGAAAAUGUUUAUAGAAUAGGUGGAUACCGGCAAAAUCCUUUUGUGGAACAAGAUACGAAUGGUUUUUUCGCUGGAUUUCCGAACGGACAGUCCUUCACAACUUCUUUUGGAAAACCGUGCAAUCUUUCCAUUUUAAUUGAGUUUAAAUGCAACCAGAAUGCACUGUGGAGGGCAAAUAUUGAUACUUCUACUGUAAAUCCCUCUGAGGCUCCGAAUCCAACGAAGUUGGUGUACCACCCAACUUCUUGUGCUUAUCAGCUAACUUUUGACUAUGCAGGUGCAUGUCAGAAAAUUAGCCCAGCCACAAUGGUAACUUCUUUAAGUGCGGGUACAGUGCUUAUCAUCAUAUUUUUUGUCUCAUUGUUUGUUUACUUCCUGUUCGGCAGUCUAGCGAACGCGUGUGUGUUUGAGCAGACAGGAGCUCAUAUAAUUCCCAACUACGAUUUCUGGAUCAUGUUACCCACCUAUAUUGUCGAUGGGUUUACAUUUACAUUCAGCUGCAUGUGUUGUAGAGAGACGAAUCCGUCCCAUUACGAGGAUAUCGAAUGAAACGAUAAAAAGUGUGUACAGUGUAUAUUCAAGAAUUCAUCAAAAUUUCUUGUUUGGUACCUAUUGUGAUAAGACAGUACAGUUAUUCAAGUCUUGUUUUUUAUGGAAGAGAAGUUGUAGAAAAAUCACAUUAUCAAUAUGAUACUCUCCCUGACAUAAGUAUUGUUAGGGCUUUUAGUGCAGUGAAUGAUUUCUUAUUCAAGUAGAGUAAUAUUUAACUAAUAUUAGUUUUCAAUAACCUAUAUUUCAACAAAAAGUGCAAUAUUUAUAAUUACCCGAUAACAAUGGCUUCGAUAAAGGUUUCUUCGAAUCAGUCCAUUUUGUUGAGCAAAACCAAAUUUGAACUAUGGUUGAGAUAGAUCAGUUUUAACAUGUAAUUGCAUAAAAAUUACUACAUAUACAGGAGUAUUUAGUUCAUUAUGAAAUAAAACAUUUUAUAAACUAUCGAUAAGUGCU